AUAUAAUAUCCAUAAAAUCGUAUUACAAACGUGAUGACGAUGCAAUUGAGCACCGUAUAGUUAGUUAAUUCUAUUGCACAGUCGAUAUAUUUCGCAAGUGCUUGUUGUUUUAUUCGUUCUAAGGUUAACGGAAACAUUGACAUUUGGAAAGGGUUCUUAUUUUCUGUGUUAUCUGGUCCUUAUCAGAAAAGAUUAAUUUCGUCAAUUGGUAAGUCUUGGUGCAAUAGAAUCCAGCUGAUAUCAUCGGUUGUAUCACUAAUCCAUGUACAGUUACUACUGAGCUGACCUUUGUACUAGAUACUGCUCUUUUGUACCGAUAAGUAUAUAGUCGUGCUGAUCAAUUAAGAAACAUGCUACGUUUGCCACGCAGUCUUAUUGUUUGUCAUCGAACAAAAUCAACGCAUUCUGUCAGCAGCGAUGAAUAUCAAUAUAUGCAAAGAACUAGAAUUCCAAUGCUUCAUUUUCAAGCUUCACUGCCGCGACUGCCCAUUCCGAAGUUGGAUAAAACAUGUGAACGCUAUCUUGCAGCCCAGAAACCAUUAUUGAUAGAUGAAGCCUACCGAAAGACAAAAGAUAAUACUGAUCGUUUUUUGACAACGGACGGACCCAAACUUCAACAACUGUUAAAACAAAAGGAUUCAAAAAACAAACAUACCAGCUACAUCUCCGAACCUUGGUUCGAUAUGUAUUUACGAGACCGAGUUCCUUUGCCGAUCAACUACAACCCUCUACUCAUGAUGAAUCACGACCCUCGACCAGCCUACAACGAUCAACUGUUGCGUACAACUAAUUUAGUAAUAAGCUCGCUAAGGUUCAUGAAAUCCCUGCGUUCCCAGCUACUAGAACCAGAGGUAUUUCAUUUGAAUCCGGCCAAAAGUGAUACUCAUGCAUUUCGAACAGUCACUUCGUUGGCUCCAUCGCUCAUCUCAACGUAUGUCGCAUAUGCAUUCAAAGCGUUCCCGUUGGAUAUGAGUCAAUAUCAAGGACUGUUCGGAGCAACGCGUAUUCCCGAAACUGGGAAAGAUAGAAUCUAUAGAAAUGUUAAAUCUAGACAUCUACUGGUUAUUCGUAAUGGUCAUAUUUAUUCGGUGACUGUUCUUGAUCAAGCUGGUAACAUAGAACAACCGGCAACUUUAUUAGCUCGUUUCAAGCACGUUCUAGAUGAUAACGUGCCGAUUGCCGAAAACCCCAUUGGUCUCCUUACAACCGAAAACCGCGACACCUGGGCUAAGAUUCGUUAUCAUUUGAGUGAAAUCGGAAACGAAAAAGCUCUUCGGGAGAUCGAUUCCGCUUUAUUCUGUCUGUGUUUGGACGACGGAACAAUCAAUCCAGAGCAUCCAAUUCCAACAAUUAAAGAUUUUCUUUUUGGCAAUGGAACAAAUCGCUGGUUCGACAAAUCAUUUUCGCUAAUCGUAUCCAAAGAUGGCACUGCAGGAAUAAAUUUUGAACACUCAUGGGGAGAUGGAGUGGCCGUUUUGCGAUAUUUUCAAGAAAUUUACAAAGAAACUAUUGCAGCACCUUUCGUGCAUCCCGAUACCUUACAGAAAGAUACCAGUAGAAGUGUCGAUGUGAUAAAGCGAAUAGAGUUUAAUUUGGACGACCGGAUCAAAGACGCGAUCAUAGCGGCCCAAAAUCACCACAACUCCAUUAUUGAUUCGCUAGAUAUGAACUAUCUCAAGUAUGAUGGUAUCAAUAAAAACAUCUGCAAGAAACAGAGAAUAAGCCCCGAUUCGAUCAUGCAAUUAGGUUUCCAAUUGGCAUUCUACAAGCAACACAGCAAAUUUGUACCUACCUAUGAAUCUUGUAGCACUGCGGCCUUUCGCCACGGUAGAACAGAAACGAUGCGCCCAUGCACCGUCGCAACUAAAGAGUUUUGCGAAGCGAUCGAACGAAAGAGCAACCCCUUGUCAUCGAACGAACUUCGCGCUAUGAUGGAUAAGUGUUCCUCCCUGCAUGGACAACUAACUAAGGACGCGGCUAUGGGCCAAGGCUUCGAUAGGCACCUUUUUGGGCUACGGCACAUGGCGGAAACAAAUGAUAUUCCUAUGCCGUGUCUUUUCCAAGAUCCUGCCUAUGCAGCGAUUAACCACAACAUCCUGUCCACCAGCACGCUAUCAUCGCCGGCACUCCUAGCUGGCGGUUUCGGGCCAGUUGUCCAGGAUGGCUACGGUAUAGGAUACAACAUACAGGACGGCUUCCUCGGAAGCGUUGUCACUAGCUACAAAUCGCAUCGGAAUGGCCGGGAGUUUGUAGAUUGCCUUCGCAGUGCUUACGAGGACAUCGCCAAAGUGCUGAAUAAUUCUACAAUACCGUCUAAGUGAAGCUGUUAUAUUGGGUACCAGAAAAGUGAUUCGCAUUGGUUCGAUAGGUUUAUCUAAAUUUAUUUGUUAUACAAUCAUAUCAAGUAGUUAUGUCAAAGCAAUAA